GAGUGGAGCAAGACGCCAAAGUUAUUCCGGGAGCUCCCCUCCAUGAUCGCUCCAGCUUGUGAGAGGGUCGUCUAGCGCCCAGACCCCGUCGCUGCUGCCGCUGCAUAAACUCCCAAGAUGGAAGUGUCACUGACGGGCGCGGGAGGCAAUCUGGUCUCCAGAGAACAGUCAGCCAGCUCAGAGUCAUCCAGUUCUGUGGUGGAGAAGGACGUCGGCAACAGACACAUUCUGGCCAAGGAGAGCUCCUUCUCUUCUGAGCAGUCAUCACGUAUGGUGUCUGAGAGUGUCAUGUCCUCGUCCUCCGUGGUCGUGUCCAAGAAGGUGUCCUCCACCUCCGUGGUGUCCUCCAGUUCCCUCAGUAGCAGCUCUGAAUCCCAGGAGAAUACAGCCGGGGGUGGGGAGCAGCAAUUGGCACCCAUGGAAGAGGAGCCACCGGGGGCACAGCCUGAGCAAGCGCCACCACAAGAACCGCAACAGCAGCUAACAGAACAACCACCGGCCACCUCCGGCCAGGAGAUCCAGCAAGAGAACAUCAAGGAGGCAUUGAAAGAGAUCAUCACUGAGAUCGAGCAGGCUGUGGUAGCCGAACCCACCGACCCUCAGCCUGUUGCAGUGAUCGAUCUAUCCCAGACAGAACCUGCAGAGCAAGUGAUCUCUGGCCAGGAGAUGCCUAACAAGCUAGACAGACAAACUUCCACCUCGUCCUUAGCAGACUAUACAGGUCCUUCCUCUCAGAGACAGGAGGAGACCAUUGACUUGUCACCCCUCAGGAAGCUGUUCCCUUCACUGUUCAGCGCCUCCUCACGGCCAGUAUCCCUCCCCUCCACCACAGACCUCGUCCAUCUAUGGCAGAGUCUCCAGAUAGCACAAGAGUUGAACAACGUAAUCAAGGAAUCUACAGAGGAAGAAAAUCAACAGGAAAAUAUUCAGGACGCGAGCGGAGUGAGGGUGAACGAGAAUGAUGGACUUUCCUCCCACAGACCCAUCGACCUGGAGAAGUUGUUCACCCCUGCCUCGGACUCGGGCGAAGUCACCCCCUCCAGGAGUAGAAAGAUGUAUGCGUCGUCUAGUUUCUACGGACCGCAUCACCCGACGGUAGAGGAGCAAGUAGAUCUGGCACGUCGCAUCUCUCACUCACUGUCAGACAUCAGCAACCGACAGUCCAAGGGUCAGUCCAUGUACGUCAACCGCAAGAAACGCUCAGUCAAGUGGGUCCAUGAAGGAGAGGGAAAGGGACAGUUUCCUUCCUCUCCAUUUGGGACUCUCCCAGCCUUCAACAAUACUACAACCACCACUGAGGAGACUUCGUCCACCAAGUCGGUGCUGAAGCUAGUGAUGGACCCCAGGGGUCAGGUGCAGGACCUCAACAGUCUCCAGAAGCAAGGCUACAACAUCGAGCCUUGUCUCAGUCCGGAAGUGUGUUUUGACCUUGUACGUGACCUCAAUGCACCCAAAGGCAAAGGAGCUGAACUCUUUGCUAAGCGCCGCAAGAAAUCAGAGAAGUGGGUUGUAGACGAAAAUAACGUCAAGACUACUUCAUUUUUCUCAGAAAACAAUAGCUUCAACUACGUGGGGACCAAUCAACAAGGAACUAGCUACAAAGCUUAUCAGCCACCUUCUAUCCAGCCUCCUACCCCUUCUGGUAAACUACCAACUCAGUCAUACCUCAAGAAUGGUACGACACGCGUCGAGAAUGUGCAGAAAAUGAAUGAAAUUGUGGAGAGAUUUGCUCAGCCGAGACUUAAGCUAGUAAAGUCACCUUGGGAAGCUGCCCUAGAGACAGGGUCAGUCGAAGCUGCAUUUCAGGAAAUUUCUUUGCCCUCUCACCACUCGUUCCCCCCACCAGCAACUCCUACAAUGUUCGCCCCGACGCCGACCACAGUGUUUCAAACAGUCACUGGAGCACCAGUGACACCUGUGCCUGCGCCGCCUAAGCCCACUGGCCUAUAUCAACCCACAACACCGAAGGCUUGGACUGCACCGGAAGCAGAGCUGCAGCCUUUCAGCACUGUCGACUUGGACAAGCUUUUCGAGGGCAGGCCUAGAACGCCAACCUCAGUGAGCAUCUUAUAUGAGGCUUCCUCUAACACUUUACUUGCCACAGAGACUUCAAACAUUAAACGUAACACUCCCGUUUUAGAACCUCCUCCUAAUCCUCUCCCGGCAGUUGUAACCAAGGUUAUGGACUCUAGACCAAUUAAACCUGUAAUCAAACAAGUUAACGAGCGGUUGGAAGCAAAGGGUAUAAAACAGACUCCACCCAAGAGAAAAAUUGAACAAGUUCUUGAACAAGGUAAACAAGAACGUUCUAUACCCACACCUGUCAGUUUUCUUGAUAUAAAAGCUGUCAUGGAUCCUAACAGACCACUAACUCCACUGCCACAGAGUGCCGAUGUAAUGAGAAGAGAAAUGGUUAAAGAACUAGUACCAUUUAAUCCAGACGUCCCAAUAAGAGGUUUUGGUACAAUGCUUGUGAAUUCCCCACUUCCUUUUGAAGAGGUUAAAACACCACCACCUCCCCCACCUCCACCUACUCCUCCCCCUAGAAUAACUGAAAUGAGUGAUGAAUUGUCUAUCAACAUUUUUGAAACAAAAAGAGUUGAUAUUGGUCCAAAGUCAGGCACUGUUAAAACAAGGACUGGGGACACCAAAAAGAUGACUUUUGACUCUGAAACGUUCAUGGCUGAUGGAACAAAUGCAAUUGAGGACACUGAAAUGAAUAAUCUAUCAGUAAGCGUUUCUGCUGGAGGUGAUGCUGUUGUAAUAGGAGAAGAAACUUUAGAAACAACAGAGGAAACUAAACUUGUUCAAGGUGGAUCUCUUAAAACGAGAGUUCAAUAUACAGUUAAGGAAGGGGAGGAAGUGGAAGUUGAAAUAAAACCACAAGAUAUUGAGCCUGACGAGUUAGUAUAUGUUGAAGUGCCUAAGGGAAAAAAUGAUCGCAAAGAUAGCGAAACUGGAGAUACAAAUAACAGGGAAGGCGUUAAGGAAGUCACUAAGCCACCUUUAGCUGAAACAGUGAAUGUAUGUUUGUCAAAACCGUCAAAAAAUUACCUUAAAGAAAAUCCUGAGGUUUCAGAGGAAAUUGCUGAAGUUAAAGAAGAUGAAAGCCAAGUCGAAGUUGAAGCAACAUUUUCAUCCAGUAAGAAAAUAGAAACAACAGAAACUGCUAAACUUGAAUCAAGUUCUAGCAGCCACAAAGAAUAUUCAUCAGUAUCAAGAAAACAGUCCUCCUCGAGUCAAAAAAGUGUGGAGCUGGAUGAUCCGUCAAAGCCUUAUGAAAAAGUACCCGUAAAAGAGUUGAUAAAUACAUUUGAAAACAGUAGUAGACCAUUAAUGAGGCCUAAAAAUGGCAAUGAGCAGCCAUCCAACCUUGAGGGAGUGCAAAAUACAAGCGAAAAUGAGGACGACUCUCGACAAACACAAUUUGUGUCUUACUCACAAACAAAUCAAUCUUUUAAACCGAGUACACAACCCUUACAAGCUUCACCACCCCUUGUUAUUAAACAACAACACUUUGAAACUUCCCAAACACAACAGGGUGAAGAAAAGACCCAAUCCUUUCAAUAUCAAUCACAGCAAGUUGUAAUAAAACAACAGUCACAACAACAACAAGCACAGACACAUUCUUCUUUUCAACCAAUCUCACACAACGCCCCCGCUGCCCUUACAGAUGAUCAACGAUACUAUGUGUCCAACACCAAGGUAGAAUCUCGAACCUUCCCCAAUGCUGUCGUCUCAAACUCUGAAACUCUUGAAGAAUCAAGCUUUACUCUUUCAAAGAAGACCUCCCAAGAGAUAAAAUCUUCAAUGAGUUCUGCAGCCAAGUUACCACCAGCAUCCUUGGAGCCACCACCAUCCGCUACUUACCAUCCUCAGGAAUACAACUCUCUCAACAACUACAACACUGCCCCUCGUGGCUGGACCAAGAACAUGGACUACUACAGACCCGUCGUCUUCUUGCCAGCCAAGACACCUACCUUCACUGACUUUUAACUCGAUUGUACAAAACUGUAUAUUGUAUCAUAAACAUUUGUAAAUUAUA